AUGCAACGCACCGAUUCAGUUCCAGCUGAAUCCCGCCACCCAGCGACAUUCCAACAUGUCGAGCAAAUCCCCCCAUCGCCUGCGAACGUUGACCUCAUGCAAGUCGUGUUGACACUCCAACAAACCGUCGCAGCAAUGCAAACUGACUUUGCGUCCACACGUGCUCGUUUGGACCGUUUCGAAGCUGUUGUGGAGGAAAACUCCCAACUUCGUGAAAAAAUCGCCGCUCUUGAAGCGCGCCUAGCGGAGUCCGAGCGUCCCUCUAAGGCCAAACCAACGACACCCCAAUCUGACAAGGGCCUCAAGCCCAAUCAAGCCUCCUCAACCACGGCUACUGGCACCAAUCCUGUUGGAUCCAUGGCCUCCUCAUGGGCAAACACUGUCCAAAAACCUCGUCCCAUUAAUACUGUAACGAACCCCCGUCGCCAGGCUGCUAAUGCCCGCAACUUUCAACCUGUUCUUGGCCCUCAAGGCUUUGAGUACCUUUACUUGACCCGUGCUAGACGCAUGGACCGUCCCGAAAUCCGUCGUAGCCUUCGUCGCUUAGGCUUGGACUCUGCCCGUAUCCUCGACGUUUCCUUUCCCGCUCGCGCUGUAGUUGGCUUGCUCAUGCAUGUCCAAUAUAUUCCGGUUGCCAAAGAAAUUUUGGCAAAACAUAAAGUCGUCCCCAUUGCCUCUUUUGACCCACAGGAUCCUGCCCACCUGGGUGAUCCCAAGUAUGCUGACCUUUCCGACACCGAAAAAGUCGCCCUGAUAACCAACCUGCACCGUACCCACUGUGAACGCACACUUCGUUUCCUUCGUCCCACUGUUGCCCUUCCACUCACCAGAGCUUUUUUUGAAGCUGGCUGGAUAAGUGAACAGGAUGCCGCAAAGAUGACCCGCCGCUGCCUUCGAUCUUUGAAAUAUAAAGAUCGCGACAAUUUCUCAUCCAGUAAUGAGGAUUCCUCCUCCGAUGAUUUCGGCUCCGAAAUGGAUGUAUCUGAAGACGAAGAGGCCAACAAUACAGAUACUCCCCACCAUGACGCCACAACAACCCCUGUUACCUCACCCACCUCAUAUCAAUAA